AUGUGUGAAAGUGUGGAACUAAUUAUUCAUCAUGGUGGAAAUUUUAUGCAAAACCCUAUGCUUACAUAUGUGAAUGGUGAGACUGAAGUAGUGCACUUGGACCCUGACUUAAUAUGUUAUCCCCACCUAGUUAAGUAUAUAAAAGACCAAAGAUAUGGGAAAAUAUCCUCACUGACUUAUAAGUUGACCACAGAACCAUUUACGGCUUUAAAAGUACUUCAUAAUGAUGCUACUAGUCUCCACUUAGCUCAGAUUGCAAGUGAAAAUAAAAGGUGUGAGAUUUAUGUAGAACAUGGGAUAGAUGAGCCUGAGGUGGGUGCUUUAUCUUUACCUGGGCCUGAAAGGGGUAGUGUAGAUCAAGCUAGGGAUGAGGGGAAUGAAGUAGAGGCUAACAUAGGGGGUGAGGAAGCAGAACUAGAAGCAGAACUAGAAGCAGAACUAGAAGCUGAUUUUAGGGGUGAGGAGGAAGAACUAGGGGUUGAUUAUGGAGGUGAGGAGGCAGAACCAGGGGAUGAUUUUGGAGGUGAGGAGGCAGAACCAGGGGAUGAUUUUGGAGGUGAGGAGGCAAAAGCAUAUUCUGGACUAGGGAGUGAUUAUUACAGUGAGCAGGAUACUGAUUUAAGCAUUGGAAGUGAGCACAUUACUAGUGGCAGUGAGCACUUAACAAGUGACAGUGAGCACAUAGAAAGGAAAAGGGUGCUGAAGAGAAAAACAAAAGGUAGAGUAGAUGAUGUACUAAUACCACCUUAUGUGCUACCAGAUGAAAAUCCCUUAGGAGAUGAUGCAGAUUCAGUGUAUUAUGAUUCACAAGAUCCUCCAACAGUUGAAGCAGAUUUGGAGAAUGAGGAUGGGGUUGAGGUGCAAUCAAAGUACAACGAUAAACACCCUAAGUACAACCCUAAAUCAGAUCCACCUUUUAUUGAAUUAGGUAUGGUGGGAAGAAAGAAGACAAUUGCUGGUAGAUGGAGUGGGAAUUAUGGGCCAUUUGUGAUGAAGAAAUUGAAUGAGAACAUACUUGGAAGUGCAGAGUGGGAAGUUGUUUAUAAUGGAGCUGAUGGAUAUGAAGUCAAAAAAGGAAGAUUUCAAUUCAAGGUGAAUUUAGAGAUGAGGACUUGUUCUUGUAGAUUAUGGCAGUUGACAGGGUUGCCAUGCUCUCAUUCCAUUUGUGUUAUAUUUCACAAGGGCCAUCAACCAGAUGAGUACAUUCAUGAGUGGUAUAGUAAGGAUAAGUACUUGAAGACCUACGAGCAUGUCAUAGAGCCAAUCAAUGGAGAAAUGUUUUGGCCAAAAACUGAAGGAGAUGAGAUCCAUGCUCCAGUCCCAAGGAAGAUGACUGGAAGGCCAAAGAAAAAAAGAAAGCUUCAAGAUGAUGAAAAGAACAAAGACAAGAACAAAUUGAGUACAGAGGUUAGAAAGCUGUCAAGGAAAGGAAGAGUAAUGACCUGUCAACUGUGCAAGGAGAAAGGGCACAACAAAAUAUUUUGUCCAACUUUGUCAAGCCAAGUAGGAGCAUCUAGGCCUGCUACUGUUAGAGCCAGAGGAGCUGAAGAAAACAUUGUUGGAACUCAAGAAAGCACUCUUGAAGAUGCUAGCAGAUUGAAUAAUUAG